AUUAAUGAGUUCCGGUGAACGGAAGAGCAGUCAUAUGACAAGAAGCUGAAGAGGUCUGUCAGACUAGCCUCUAGCUAACUUAGGUUGAUUGAAACAAAAGUAACAAUGAAUUCAGCAUUUCAAAAGAAAAAUCAUAUGGCAGUUCGAGAGUAGGCCUGUCUGUUAACUUGCUGAUUGAAACGGAAGUGAAAAGCGACAGCAAAUUCAGUACACCGCUCAACGUAGAAAAAUGACUGUCCGUCUUGGUAUCAAAAGUUUCGUCUUUGGUAUUUAUGUGGUCGGAAUUGCAAUAUUGCCAAUAUUCCACACAUUCGAGAAAAUUCCAGAUGUCACUAAAGCCGAUUUCAACAAAAUUUACUCAUCUUCCAUCAACACUACGAAUGAAGCCAUUUACGAAUUCACUUACAGUGAAAUGAAAAAUAGGACCACUGCUUUAAGGAUCACCACUGAACUAGUAUCUAAAGACUAUGUCAAAGGAUUUCCUACAAUUGUUGUGGUUCGACAGCAGCAGAGAACAUUAUCAUGGACAAUACCAAUGUAUUUGGAAUACAGUGAUGAUGCUACUCCGUAUGAGACAGUGAGCCGCACUUUGUGUCCACUGGAUGCGAGUCAUAGGUCAGAGAAACCAGAAGAACUGAACUUCUUUGUAGACUUUUCAACCUUUAGUAAGGAUCCACUAAAUUUUACAUUAAAAGCAACAAAAGUGGAAGAUUUUCAAGUCAGUAUUGGUGUCCCAAAGGAGAUUGAAAUCACUCCGUCAGAGCCAAAGUUCUACAUGUACUCAUUCCCAGAGGGGAUCGACACAGUAAUGGUUCAUGCUACAUCAAAGGAUGAGAGCUGUGCCGUGAUGUCCAUUCAAAAAAUACAGUGUCCGGUGUAUGAUUUGAAUACUAAUGUGGAGUUUGAAGGAAAGUACCAAACAAUGACCAAACAGGCUGCUAUUCAGAUACAGAAAGCUGAUUACCCCAGACAGGCUUUCUAUGUGGUAUUUAUUCUGAAGCCUCUAGACAAGGAUUGUUCCUCCCAACUAGAAGCCAUCUUACCCGCAGGAGUCAAGCGGGCAAAGAAUGUGACACUGGAAAUCAAGAAAACCAUAAGUGGUGACAAGUACUAUUGGGGCAUGUUGUUUGCAGUAGCUCUCUUUGGAGCAUUUUACUUGGUGGCUUUUUUGAUUGGGAUUUUUUAUCAUGGAUGCUCGAAACACAGAGGUAUAUGGAUGAUUCCGGAGUCACAUGAAGAGAAAUUAGACCAGAAUGAUUCAGGGGACUUGGACAGUCCAGUGAGACCCCUGAAUACAGGAUCAGAGAGCCGGACGUAUGGGUCAAUCCACAAAGAAGCUGAUGAUGAUCACAAUGACUUGCUGAGCACCAUGGUUAAGGAUAGUACGUCAUCUUCAGCCAGGAACGUCUCCAACAACCUGGCAGAUGGCAAAUCCGUCAGCUCUAUUGAUUCUGAAGAGAUUGACUUCCUCAAUGAUGCUGAUGAAGAAAAAGAUGUAUUCAGGACAAAGACAGAACUAUUUGUUUACGACUUGUCAAGGAAGAAAUACAAGAAGCAAGCCAGAAAUUAUACCAUUUAUUGGAGAAAUUUGUUGGCAAUAGCUAUAUUCUAUGGGCUUCCUGUGCUGCAGUUGGUUUUUACAUACCAAAAAGUAUUAAAUGUGACAGGUGACUUGGAUAUCUGCUACUAUAACUUUAACUGUGCACAUCCUUGGGGACAAGUCAGUUCAUUCAACAACAUCUUCAGCAAUAUAGGAUAUGUGUCUCUAGGAAUUCUUUUUCUGAUCCUGGUGUACAGGAGGAAACUGAUUUACGACCGAGCGGUACAGCUGGAAAGUUCUAUGAAGAAAGAGAUGGGGAUUCCGCAACAUUUUGGGCUUUUCUUUGCCAUGGGGAUUGCUCUGAUCAUGGAGGGCAUCAUGAGUGCUUGCUAUCAUGUUUGUCCUACUUACUCCAACUUUCAAUUUGACACUUCAUUUAUGUACAUCAUAGCUUGUCUAUGUAUGCUAAAGAUUUACCAAACUAGACAUCCUGACAUCAGUGCAAAAGCACACACUUCUUACCUUCUUAUGGCCUUUGUCAUUUUCAUAGCAGUCAUUGGCGUGAUUUAUGGGACCAGUAUUUUCUGGAUUUUAUUUGCCUGUGUCUACAUGUUUUUCUAUUUAGUCCUGAGUGUUCACAUUUACUUCAUGGGGAGAUGGAAAAUAGAUAGGGGAAUAUGCAGAAGACUGUUUGUGGCAGUUAGAUAUGAUUUAUUACGAUGCAGAAAACCCAUGUAUCCGGACAGAAUGGCCUUAUUGGUGAUUGGAAAUGUAAUAAACUGGUCAAUUGCGAUAUAUGGCGCUGUGAACCAUUCCAUGGACUUUGCUACACUCUUACUAGGAAUUUUUAUAGGAAAUCUCAUGAUAUAUUGUACAUUCUACAUUAUCAUGAAGUUGCGAUAUAAAGAGAAAAUUCACAGACUCGCUAUAUUCGUUAUUGUUAGCGCUGCAGUUGUGUGGGGGUUUGCUCUGUAUUUCUUUUUCUCAAAUCUCACUUCUUCACUGCUAACACCCUCCAGAUCAAGAGAAGGAAACAGAGACUGUCUACUGGUGGAAUUUUAUGAUGCUCAUGACAUCUGGCAUUUUCUUUCAUCGAUUGCUUUGUUUUUUUCAUUCUUGGUUCUGCUGACUCUGGAUGAUGAUAUGUUUUCUACCCGAAGAGACCAGAUACACAUGUUCAAGCCUUUGGGAAAAUUGUUUGGAAGAAAGCGGUCUGGUAAAAAAGGGCGUAAAAACACCGAUUCAUCAGAAAAUGACAACAACUACGAGACAGACGAUAAAAGCAGACCUGGCGCUUGUCGGAUUGCAAGGACUCCGGUGCAUGAAGAUGCGGUGGUGCACCUAUCGGCCGUACAACCAGGACUCUGUUUAUCAUGUAGCAAAGACAAGACUGCAGCAUUGUAUGACUACGACAAUCACAAUCUGAUAGACAGAUGGGAAGGUCAUGAAAGGGAGCUAACAAAGAUUCGUAAUGGCAAAACAUGCAGCAGCAUAUUCAGUGCAUCACGGGAUAAGUCUAUUAAGAUGUGGAAGAGCGGGAAUCCCCACUGUCUGCAGGAAUUCAAUGGCCAUGAACUUGUGGUGACCGCCAUCGACUUGAACCAUGAUGAUACUUGGUUGUGCAGUGGCUCUAGAGACAAUCAUGUGAAGCUUUGGGAUGUAAAUACUGCCCAGUGUUUCCUUCAGAGUAACAUCCACAGAAAUCUGGUAACAGACUUAAAGUUUGUGCCAGGUACACAUUUGUUGGUACAGACAGGGGAAGACAAAGAAGUCAGGUUGUUUGACACAAGAACCAUGCAAGUUGUUCACAGUUAUCCCAGGAAGCACUACAUACAGAUGGCCUGCGACGUCAGUGCAGAUGGACUCCACUGUAUCACAUGUAGCAAUGGAUUUGGUGGAAAUGGUUGUGAAGUUACGUUAUGGGAUAUACGAGGGAGGAAAAUAGUUCAUGAAUACAGAGACCACGGCGAAGCUGUAGAGUCUUGCAUUUUCUUGCCAUCCAUCGGUGGAAAACAGCUCAUUGCCACUACAUCACGUGAUACCACAGUUCGACUCUGGGAUAUGAACACAAAAGAGUGCCUUUCAUGUUUUCCUGUGGUGGGAUCUGGACCGCUUACCUCCAUUAUCUGCUAUGAUGAUCUUAGUUUAUGUGUGUCCAGUUUCAAUUCCGGCAUAAUUUCCUUAAAACUGUCUCCCUCCGACUUCACUCUGCAACAAACAGGACAAUUUUAAUGCCAGAAGAUUGCAUGUGAUUAGGAAUCUCCAGAACUCUUUUUCUAUCUCAGAUUCUUUUUAAAAAUUACAAAAGCUUAAUUGGGUUGAAUGUGGCUGAAUUCCGUGAAUUAAAAAUGACAGUUUUACAAAUGUAAGGGUGUAAUAUUUGAAGUCUUCUUUAUCUCAUCAGAACAGGUUGUGCGAUAUAAUGUUUGUACUGUAUCAUGUGUCCUCUUGUUUCUUUAUUUGUACAUUUGUGUGUUCAUAGGUUCAUUUUGAGCUCUCAGUGUACAAGAUUUUAAGCCAUUGUUGAUCCAACCUUUGUCAAACUUGCAAGAUUGUUACUUGCAUACAGAUCCAUUUUCAAGUUUGAAUUUAUAUUCCAAAAUGUCCAUAUUGCAAUGGUUUUGAGCUUCUGUAAGCCAAGGCUUAGAUUGCUCUUAAAAAUUAACAACAUAAAUCUUGUGUGAAAAGUCAAUCAUUGUUUAAGAUUACAUGUAUGUUAUCUUUAUUAGUGGAAGUUGAUGUUUUAGCUCAACUGAGUCAUAAGUUAAAGUAAACCUUUCUGAUUAAUAUGCAAGUAUCCUCAGGUUGUGUAGAUUAAAAUUUGUUCAAAUUAAUUACAUCCUGGGUCCUGGAAUUGUAUCAUAGAAACUGUAAUCCUAGGACUAGGGAUUUUCACUAUCAUAAUGGUUUAAAAUUUCCAGAGAAGCAUUUGGGGGGGGGGGGGGGGGAUAAAAACCUUCUAAAAAACCACGUGGGACAGUUUGCCAAAGAUGAUUCUUGUGUAAUCUAUAUUCAGCUUUGGUUAAAUAACAACCUAUGGGACAACAGGGGCUUAAAGAAUUAUGGUAUUCAUGUUCCAAAUUAUGAGUAUUUAUGUAUCAGCAAGUGACUCAGAUGAGUGAUGUGGUCUCCUUUUAAAUCCUGUGACUGAUAAUAACCCUAACCCUUCUCUUUUGAAUUGAUUUACUUAUAGAAACAAAACAAAAAGGAAGAAAGAGAGAGAAUGGUGUAACUGCAUGUAAACCACAAAAAUGUAAUAACUGCUAAACGUGGGUUGAUGUUAUAAAUGUACAGUGUACAUGUAUUUGUGAUUGUGUUGUAUGAUAUUAAUGAAUGAUGUGUUGUAAAAUUAAUGAAUCAUUCACAUCUAAUAUGUUCCAUGUGCUUAUAAAGCAAAGCUAUUUUAAAAGAAUCUAUUUGAUGUGAUAUAUUGUUUUGUAUUUUAAUGCAUGUUUGAUUGAUUGACAUUAACACUUUGUGUUCAGUAAAAAAAAAAGAAAGAAACAACA